AUGAAUAUUAAUAUUUAUAAAAAUGAGUAUAGAAAAACAAGAAAUACCUUUCCAAAUAGAAAUAGAAGAUUAAAAAAAAUAAAUAAUACCUUCCUUACCCACUAUCACUUGAUAAAUUUGAUAUAAUACGAUUCAUUUAUAAAACACAAAAAUUAGCUUAUUAAAAAAAUAGAAUAUAUGAAAAAAUAUAUUGAAAUAGUUGAACAACCAUUAUAGUUUACAUAAAAAAUAAACCAAAAUCUAGAAGAUUAUUUACCUGAUGUAAUGUUUGGCCCUAAAUCCCUCUAACCUAAUGCAGGAUAAUAUGGAUUUUUAAAAGAAUAUUAGACUUAAGUAUUAUAGUAAAGUUAAGCAUAAAUUAGCUUUGAAUAAAACACAACUAAAAUUCCUGGAUCAAAUGUAGUAAUAUUAAUUUAUAAAUGAGAAACUUAUGAAAGUUUAACACUUGAAAUAUAGAAGUAUAGCAAUGAAUCAACAAAAAUAAAACCAAUAACAUAAAUAAAUGGUAAAUCUGCAUUUAAGAAAUUAAUCAGAUCUAAUGAAGCAUUAUUCUUAGAUUUUUAUUAAACUAAAUACGUUCCAUUUUAAUAAAAAUUUAUGACUACUAAUCAUCAUUCCAUCUAUUUCUAAAUAUAAAAUUAAAUAGGAUAUUAUUUUGUUUUUGGCAGAUAAUUAGAGUAAUUAAAUUUAAUGAAAUGGAUUUAUUUAGGGAUACUAAAAUUAAUUUAACCAAAGUUUUUUGUAAUUGCAUCUAGUAAUGAAGUUUUUCUUCAUGAUAUUAAUAUCUUAUAACUUUUUACAAAUUUAGAGAAUAAGAAAUAUUUUGGAAUUUCAUGUUAGAAAAAAAAAAUUAAAUAUAAUGGGAGAUUUUGGAAUAAUUAAUAAGGAGAUUUUGCAGAUAUUGCACUUAAAUUAGAUUCCAUGUUUAAAAUUAAAUAGUUUCAUAAUCCUCUCUCUUGUAUAUAUGAAUGGUCUAGAAUUGAACCUAUAAUAAAUGAUUAUAUCCGUAAACUUGAGAGUGAAUAUUUUACUAAUUCUUGUAUAUUAGGAUAUAAUUCAAUAUUACCUAGAUUUAUGAUUGAAUAUUCAGGUAAAGAAUUUAAAAUUAUAAAAAAUUACAUUAUCGAAUAGCAAUUUUCUGAGAAUUAAUUUGAAAUUGUAUUUAAUUAAUUUUGUGAAUACCAAUAAAAUAUCAACAAUUAAUUAAGGAAAUAAAGAUUUUUUUUGUUUAUUUAAGAAUGUUUUACAAUGGAUUAUUUCUAAAAUCUAAGUUUUAUAUAAUUACUUUGGGAUUUCAAUUUGUAAUUUAUAUUUCAAUAACAUUAGGUUUUUUCUUUUCCUUUUAAUGUCCAUAUUAACUCAAUUGUAACUUAUUUGAGGAAUCAAUUGGAUAUACUGCUUUGCCUGUUAGACUACUAAUUUUCUAUACCAUUAAUGUUUUAUUAUUCCUAUUACUAACAUAACUAUAUCAUUUUUAUUUCAAAUUUCAGUAAGUUCUUCAAAUAUUGAUGUAUUAUUCACUAAAGAAUAUGAUAAGUAAAAUGAAAUUAAUUUUGAAGUUUAAGAGGAUGAAUAUAUUAAGAAUACUUCUUAUUCUAUGGAUAAUGAAUUGUUAUAAAAAAAGGCACUUUAUUUUUUCUAUAAAUUUUCUUAAUUGA